AUGUGUGGAUUUACUGGGCAACCGUUAUCCAAAAAAUCUGGUUUAGUUGUCGGUGCUACUGUUGUUGGUGAUGUCGGUACAGGUGUGGUUGUAGUAGUUGUAGGAGCACGUGUGGUUGUGGUUGUCGUAGUUCUUGGUCUGCACCUGCGAGUCGUGGUGAUUAUAGAAGUUGUGGGUGCUGGUGUGGUUGUGGUUGUAGUAGUUGUGGGAACAGGUGUUGUUGUGGUUGUCGUUGUGGGUGCUAGUGUAGUUGUGGUUGUCGUAGUUCUUGGUCUGCACCUGCGAGUCGUUGUGGUUAUAGUAGUUGUGGGAACAGGUGUAGUCGUGGUUGUCGUUGUGGGUGCUGGUGUGGUUGUGGUUGUCGUAGUUCUUGGUCUGCACCUGCGAGUCGUUGUGGUUAUAGUAGUUGUGGGUGCUGGUGUGGUUGUGGUUGUAGUAGUUGUGGGUGCUGGUGUGGUUGUGGUUGUAGUAGUUGUGGGUGCUGGUGUAGUUGUGGUUGUCGUAGUUCUAGGUCUGCACCUGCGAGUCGUUGUGGUUAUAGUAGUUGUGGGCGCAGGUGUCGUUGUGGUUGUAGUAGUUGUGGGCGCAGGUGUUGUUGUGGUUGUUGUAGUUGUGGGCACAGGUGUGGUUGUUGUUGUCGUGGUUGUGGGCGCUGGUGUCGUAGUUGUUGUGGUCGUGGUCGUAGGUGCCGGCGUGGUGGUAGUUGUAGUGGUUGUUGUUGGUGCAGGAGUUGAAGGUGUUGUGGGCGAUGGUGUAGUGGGUAUAGGAGACGUGGUUUUCGGUGGAGGAAGAGUAGGUUCGUUCCUGCCUGUACAGUCUACACUAGCUGGCCAAUCACACUGCCAUGUGUCGAGGUUGAACCAGAGACCAGCUGGGCAGGACAUUUCUACUGGUUUCCCAUUACAAGAAUGGGCUAAAGAAAUAUCUGAUGUCCUAUACAUAAACGAAGAAGAAGUCGUGCAUAGAGACAUUUUGUUACAAGGAUUCUCGGAUAUACAAAUUAAAACAAGGAACGGCACGUCCAUUGCAGAACAGGCAGCUAAAGCUCUAGAAGAACUUCUAGAUCGAAGAGGCAAAGCCGCAGAGGCUAUCAUGAGGAAGGCGGAGCAGCUAGCGACCGACAGCUCUGACCCACCUAUAGACUAUUACUAUGAUAACAGUGUAGACAUAAACGUCCUUAAGAAAGUACAGAAACCCGAAAACGAAUGGGAACUAGUUUUAAACUGCAGCAGUCUGAAUAAAGUAGAGGUUUACAAUAGCGCACACUUUGACGCUCAAGUUUCUUUAGAACAUUCGAGCGUACAUGUUGCUGUCGAGGUUUUUGAAUGUGAUCCCAGAGUACUGCCUGACAUUUAUUGGUCGGAAGGGCUGUUUGAAACAUUUCGAGAAAAUUACGCCCAAGACGCCACACUCGACAUGCAGUAUAUGUGUAGUGCAAAAGGAUUUUUGAGACACUAUCCUGCUGCACUGUGGGAUAGCAUGUACAAAUUGAAGAUUGAAGAUGGGGAAGCGUUGUACGACUGUAGAUUGCGACCGUGGUACGUUAGUGCGAGUGGAGCUCCCAGAGAUAUUCUUAUUCUACUCGAUUCCUCUGGGUCUAUGAGUAACUCAUCCAACCUUCUGAUAGCGGAACAGUUAACUCUGGCUCUCCUCAGCGCCCUCACUGAUGACGAUCAAGUCAACGUUCUCCGCUUUAAUGAAAUCGUAGAAUCUCCCAUUCCCUGCUUUAAUGGAAAACUUGUGCCCGCCAACCAUGUGAACUCAGCGGCAAUGAUGGAUGCUAUGCAAUAUCAAAACACCACCUGCGAGACCUGGAUGGAUCAUGUACUGGAAUACUCCGUUAAUUUGCUCAAAGAACGUAGAAAAGCCACUGACAGACCGCCUUCCUGUCAACAGGCCAUUGUCUUGAUAACAGACAGUCUCUACGCAAAUUACACCGACUUAAUGAACGAACUAGACCCUGAUGGAAGCAUCAGGGUGUUUGUUCUAUGGCUACACGACCCCAAUGGGGUGAGAGAUAGUACUCAUUUCUAUGGAGAAUCGGUGAGUUGUUCUCGUGAUGGAUUCUUUGCGGAAUUGAUCACACAUGCUGACGUGACGGAGAGAGUCAUGAAUAUAUUAAGAGUACUAGAACGACCCCUGGUAGCUCAGAGGAAACAUCGUUUGCGAGUCUACAGUGACGUAUACGCUAAUGUAGAGGACCCAAGACGCGGCGAAUAUUACUGGCAGCAAAAGGAGAACGCCGAACAAAUGUAUCGCUACACGCAACUGAGACGAAAUAAAGACAAGUUUCUCACAAGCGAUCGUCUUUACAGCGACUACAUGCAUAUGCAUAAAUUGGAAAAGUUUGGUCAAUACUACGAAGGCCAGGAUAUUAACUACCGACUUCAAGUAACGGUCUCUGUUCCCGUGUUUGACAGCACUACAUCUGAAUAUCCCGUCAACCGUCUACUAGGUGUCGCUGGCGUUGACAUUCCUUUGGACCAUCUCAAACUAAUUCUACCUUUAUAUCUAUUCGACGGCGACAUUCUAAAGCCGGGGUAUCGAACUGUGGAUCUUUUGGAUCUCGAACAACCAGCUAUUGAACACUGGCCUCGGCACUACCCCCAGGAAUGGCUGGAGUUUAGGAACACAAUAGUAGUCGAACAGCCGAGUGGUACAAAGACAAUGUAUGCAAAAAGUAUUUUCGAUGAAGGUAUGAGAGCUUCCUUGGAAAUGAAGGAGUAUCAUUGGAAGAGGGUAAAGAAUUAUUACACAAUCGUGGUGACUCUGACUAAAUACAACAAUAAGCAUGCAGUCCCUGAGGGAAAGUUUACACAGGCUCUGGCUAAUGCUGCUAUGAAUGCACUGCAUGGCACAGAUUUUUCUGUGCACCCAGACUGGUUGUAUUGCCAGCACGUAGAUCCCCACUUUGAUACAAGGGAAGCAGAAGUACUUCAUUUCCUGAGGCGUCGUCGAGAUGAGCCCAAUUUUUCAAUGCGAAAGAUCAAUCACGUUUUCUCACCCAUAAAACCUACAUUACUAGAGAAAACUUACCAAUGUAACGAGGAACUAAUGGCGAGAUUCAGUAAAGAAGCGAUUGCCACAAACCCAUGGGCCAAGAUUGCUGAGAGCACGGAACAUGCUUGUACGAUCUGUCGACUUGGUUCGACCACUGCCUUCUUUGCCAGCGAGAGCGGUCUAACCCGUUGGCAACAGUACCACGCUACAAGUCCCCACGCAGAGCCGCCGUCUGGUGGUGAGUGGCCGCGAGGACCCGGAGAGACGUGGUACAGACGAGCCAGUGCGACUCCUGACCUCAUAAUACACGCGCCCGUACCACCGAUCAGACUGCUAAGGAACAGCUUCAUUGAACCACCUGAGCUGGGCGAGCGAUAUAAAUGGUUAACUGCAGCGCGUAUGAUCGCUCACGUCAAUAAAGGUACCAUUGGCGUCGCUGGAUACCACUUCCACCCACAACAUUUGAAGGAUGUAUUGAAAUCAAUAACUGAUUUUCCUUGUGAUGAAGAAGAUGAAUGUGAACCACGUUGCGACGGCGAGGACUGGAGCUGUGUGCUCAUCGAUGAAGGUGGUUGGAUAGUAUCAAACACAGAAGAAGAAGAUGAGGAGGAAGAAAAGGAACCUGUAACCCAACACCUGGCUAAUGUCUACCCUGCAGCGAUGUCAGCGCUGCUAAACGCUAGUAUCUUCAAGCUACACUGGAUCCAUGACUACCAAGCUGUCUGUUUCCCAUCAACCAAGGAGAUAAUACGCCCGAAACCUAAGAAAGUGAAGUCCAGCGCGCCGAGUUUACCGUCACUAAUUCGAAGUUUUUGGACUUCGUUAAGUGAAAUACUAUUUAUAAGUCAGGAAAUGUUUACUUUUCUCACCCUUCUAACUGCAAUUCCAGACGGUAUAUAUGCAGACACGGAAGCAGAAAAAGAGAAGCGUCGUAAAAAAAUACGUCGCGAUUACGAGCGAGAGAAGUACGAACGACUGUUUGACCCUCGGGUACUUGUUAACAGAACACACUUCGCUGCUUGUGACAGAUCCAGGGCUCUGUACGUGCUACAGCGAAACCAAAGAGCUAUGGAAGCUCUGAGAAGGAAGCCUCAUCUAUGCAAGUGGCCCCUAGUGGGCACUGAGGUACCGAGGACUAACUUGUUGUUACUCGCAAUCUACAAAGGGUGCGCUUACACUGGCAAACCAAUCAACGAUCCCUUCAUCAACGAACUGGUGUCGCUAGCAGAUGAUGAAGAAGGUCGCAGUAUGGCAGCAAGACUCGCCUGUUGGAGAACCCGCGUCCCUCUACCAGCUCGAGCACCCAGCACGCAAUGCUUCCCACACCACUAUGAAGAUGUAACGUACUCCAUUUAUAUUGUAUGA